AUGGCUGUCUUCAGAGAGCACCCGCGCAUUUACAACCAAAGAGCCCCCAACCCGGGCCGCUGCAAGACGACAGAUCAGAAAAACCAGCCGUUUAUUUUCCAGGACACUUGGCAAUGUGCGCAAGAUGCCAUUCGAAACAUUUGGCUUCUGUAUCAAGACUUUCUCAACAUCGUGUCUGCUGCUCAGAUAGGUCACGGGGCCGGUGGAGUGCAUCUUGAUGAUGCCGUAGAUCUUGUUCGGCUUGGCUACUGGCUUGUACUCGGUCCGAUGGGGGAAGUAGCUCGGGAACGUCGGUAUCGCCUUGGGGGCGGCUUCCCCACCACGGCUGACCUGAACUUCCUUGACUUUCUCUGGGGAAUUUCCGCUACGAUUGAGACUAUCGAGAGGAGAAUUUUCAACGUUCCUAAUGCCGAACAACUUCCACAUAACGCCCAACACCGAGGGAUUCUCACCGACAUUAAUCAAUGGACUAAUUCGGAUGAGGAUACUUCUCAAAACAUCAGUGCUCUGGGGUUUCUAGAAUUGCUAUUACGUAUUGUCGCUGAUACAUCGCCAAAUUUGGCCGCCUUUCGCAACUCGUUGAACAACCUCCUGACAUGUCGCCCACGCAACCAUGUAUACCAACAGCGCGGCCUCCCUCGGGUCAUGUUCGUUUGUGCCGGUGCCAACAACGGCACCCACGUCAUCACCACUUCCAAAGACAACUGGUUCCACUUCACAUCUCUCUGGGCGGCGGCCAAUUAUGCUCGUGCUCAGCGUCAAACCUUGCCGCCGAUCGUCCUGCUCGGCGGGGGUGGACAGCCGGCAUUCAAUGUCGUCGGACGAUCUGAUGCCGUGUAUCAAGAGUUCUACGACGCAGAAGAGGAUGUCGCUCGGAUUCUGUCGGACAAUGCCGCCGAGAUUAUUAGAUCAGGCACCAUUACACUCUGGCAGAAUCAAGCGGCGCGUUUUGCGAACCAUGCCAAUGAGAGGUGCUUGCCUAUGACGGUUCCAGAUUUUGCGGUCAAGGCGAGGUGCUUGAGAUGUCAGGCUUUGUUUCGUUACAAUGUCAAUCAUGCUGAUGCGCCGGGGCUUGUGGGUGCGGAAGCUGACUGGAGGGGCAAUCGACGAUUGGGGGUGGCAGUACUGUGUAACAAGGAUUGGGACUGUGCGGAGACGUUGGCACAUUUCUAUUGUGUUGCUGCGAAUGCGGCUGGUGUAGGGGGUGUUCAUUAG